AUGCCUAUUUUAGUGAAAGAUUAUACGUGGAUACAAACCGAUAAAAUAUUAAAUAUAAAAAUUCCGUUGAAUCCUGUCCAUCAUGAAAAACCGGAUAUAUUUACUUCCGACUCUUACAUUAAGGUACAUUUCAGUCCUUUUAUAUUUGAAUUGUAUCCUUUACACGACAUAGAUAGUGAGAAAAGCAAAUGCAUAGUGAAAGAAGAUAUUAUCGUAAUGGAUUUAGUAAAACGAGAGAUUUGUCAAUGGGAGACCUUGGAAAAAGAUUUGACUAAACCGGAAAAGAUGAAACUCAAACAGGAAAUCCUUGAGAAGUGCCAAGAGGAAGCAAAACAGAAGUCGGAGGAUAAAAAGAUAAAAAAAUCACACUUGGAGAGGUUCUCUGUCCAAAGAGCGAUGGCUAUAGAUGCUGACCAACACGCGUUAAUGGAUGCCAGACGCGAUGCUGAAAGAAACAAAGCCAUGGAAGAUUUAGAACAGUGGAAACAAAAACAAGAACGCGUUAAACUAGCUGUAAUACCUAGUGCGGUACCGCAGAUUGAAGAGAGACUACGCUCAGGAGUAACUAUAACUGAGCUAUCUUCAUCGGAGGACGAAAGCGACAAAAAACCACCAAUUAGACGACCUCCGACUCCAAAAAAGCCGUCGAUACCCGUUAAAACCCCAGUGAGGUCGGAUUAUGUAGAGAAAAAGAAAGAAGAAGCCGCGAAAAGAGUGUUGCCGCGGCUAAGACAGCAAGGGGUUUUGGAAAUUAAACAUACUCCUAGGACUUUCCCUACUCCUAGUCGGGAGUCUGUGGCUGAUGAGGAACAAGCUUGGCUAAAGAAUAUUACUUUAGCCAGAAGAGCUACAGGCUUUGUCUCCGAGGACCUGCGUCCAGAAGAGCAAGACCCUGAAUGGUGCAAGAACAAAGGUGACGAGUUCUUUCGCAACGGUAACUUCCUGGGUGCUAUCAGUGCUUAUUCUCAUGGCAUCUCGUUGUCAGAUAAAUUACCAAGUUUGUAUGCUAACAGAGCCGCUACGCACUUUGCACUUGGUAACUUUAAUAAGUGUGUACAAGACACCUCCUCUGCUAUCGAUCUGAUGAAGCCGGUGUGCGAAGGUAACCGGCGAAGCCGAGCGAAGUGCAUCGCAAGACGCGCAGCCGCCCUCGCCCGUCUAGGGUACCUCUACAAAGCCAUUGAUGAGAUGAAGGCUGCAGCCAAACUUCUACCCGACGACGAGUCUAUCAAGAAGGAUAUCUACGACAUGGAGAGGGCUUGGGAACAAAACCCGGAUGAUCAUUGAUCUACAGGUGGUAUAGUACAAUAUUAGUGCUGAAAAUAUAAAAGUACCUACCGAAUUCGGAGAAGGCGCACUGCU